AUGGCGCAGUUGGCUAAGGUUGACCUUGAUCUACUACAGAUAUGUCAAGGUAAUGGAGAGUUUGUUCACUUGCUGGAAAAUAGCAAAGGAUCACCCGAGAGUUUCGCAAGUGCAUAUUCGCAGUCGAUGCGCUUGACCAAUGGUGAGUUUCUUUGCUAUCACAUUUCUACGGAUUACAAGUCUAUUUCUUUUUACAACUUUAAGAAUGCAAGCGAUGGAAGAACUAUUAUCAUACACUUACCGGCCAAGUUAAUGCACGAGCACCAUACAUUAGUAGUGGAAGAGCAAGAAGGUGUGAUAGUUGUGGAUGUAAUUUUGGAGAGCUCUGCGUUUCUUACAAUGAGGUUACCACUUGAAUACAUAUUUGGAAUUGAAAAUGUAUUGGAUGAUAAUUGGUUGUCAAUGCAAUCACCUUAUGAUUUCACGGUGAGAAGACCUCACCUACUACACAAAGUUUCUCAGGAUUUCUUCGUGGUAUUUCUAGAAGAUGGUGGCCUAUUAGGUCUAAGACAGCAUAAUGAGAACUAUUUGGAACCUCUUCUAUUCAACGAUUAUUCAUACAUUCAGACAUUGACAAGCAUGUUCUCCAGAAAAAAGAAACAACCCGCUGAUAGAGCUGUUGCCUGUUUGGUUAUACACGAUAAGUACUUGGUCGUCUUGACUAGGCUGUGCCAUUUGAAAAUAUGGGACUUGGGAAGUUUUCAUCUUGUACAAGAAUAUAAUUUAACUGAGAAUUUUAAUGGUACACUCGAAACAAUAGAAUAUGAAUCAAAUGGUAACUACAUAUCGACAUUGAACGAUGUUAUUGUUAUAUAUUUACCAAUCGGAAAUGGUGUCUUUAAAUUCGGCAGAUUGUCUUUCACAAAUGACGGUGAAAGAAAGCCAACUUUUAACAUGUUCAGUUCGAUUGAUGCAAACAUGAAAAAAUCUACUAUAUGGUCCUUUGUAGACAUGAAACUAACAGAUCCAUUGGAAUUGAAUUUUACUUCUACUACGUUUAACUUAAUUAUACUUUGGAAGAGCGGUAGCAAUAGUAAGUUGCAAAUUCUCAAUAUAAAGGACUCCUCAUUUAGCGAUUUUGAAUGGAUUGAAGCUUCAAAUAAGUCUCUACAAAAUUUUCAGACGGAGGAAAUAUCAGCAUUGAUUCAAAAUUAUGAUUUUGAUAAGGCCCUUUACAAAUUGAAGUCACAUUAUUCUGAUAUGACAUUUAAAGAAGCAGAUAGCCUAUUAUUGGCAAAUAACAUCGUAUAUUCUGAAAAUAAUGAAACCCAGCAACAACAGUAUUUGGCAAACUUAGACACAUUAUUGCGUGAUAUUAAUAAUAAUCAUUCAGAAAUUGCUUCAUUUACAAUUUACAAGAAUGAUAUGAUACUAGUAAACACUCAUAACUUGUAUAACCACGGCUUCUACAAAAUCAACUCAUCUCUUGAAAACAUAUACUUUAAUUUGAGUGAGAUUACUGAUAAUGACGAUCAGUUUGCCAAAUAUUUCAAGUUAUUGAAUUUAUUCUUCUCAACUAUUUCUAGAGACGCUAUCUUAUCCACUUCAGACAAAUUUAAUGACAUUGCUAUAAGGAAGCAUGAGCACUCAACAAAUAUAUCAACAGCUUUCUCUCAAAUAUUUAAUGAAUGUCUGAAGUCCAAGUUUGAAAAGAAUAAUGUAAAAACUCUAUUUGCGGAAUUAGCAACAUAUGACAUUAUUGAAAUUCUAAAUGAAUUAAUAGAAAAUCAUUUGAAGGACACUUCUUAUCACCUUGACAAUUUUGUGGAAGCAUUUACAGGCAAUGUGAUGAACUCUAGUAUAAUUAUCGAAAAUUUAUAUCAUCAAAUCGUUGUUCAAAACAAGCUUCUCCAAUUAGUCCUUUUGUCUUUCUUAUUUUUAGAUUUCGAUACAAACAUUUUUGGGGACAAGAUUGAGACCUUAUUAGAUAUUAACUAUAAGCAAACUUUCUUCAUGUCUUUUUAUGAAUUUGAUAGUAAGUUGACCCAGAGUAGUAUGAGCAUGCACACAUUACAAUACCCUCAUGGAGUACAAAUAUUUUCUUCAUCUGAAUUAGCGGGCUAUCUAGAGUUUGAAAUUGCAACUUUGUAUUCCACUCCAAUUGUUGAUAGCAGGCUAUAUAUAGCCUUUAUGCAAGAAUAUGUGCUGAACUGGAGAGAAAAAAUGGAACCGCCUCAAAAGGCUAUCAAUUUCUUCAAAUAUAUUCUAGAGCCUUUGUACAGACGGAACGAGAUUGAUGAGGAGUUUUUACUGGCGAUGUCAAUGUUUAAUUGUGGACGGUUUGAACAAGCUUAUGAAUUUUUUACCAUGAAUGACUAUAUGUUGCACCUGGCCAACAAAUUACCACCUUUCUUAAAAAAUGUCCAACAAAACAGUCUGUGGUAUGAAUUACUAAAAACAUUCACCGAGUCUUCAACCAAUGCGCACUACUAUCUUCAACUAUCCUUAUUGUUCAAAACAUAUAAUAGAUUGGACUUGGCACUAAAAUGUGUAUCAAAGUCUGUUGAAUACUCCAUGAAACAUCCAAGUGUCGAAGAGGCGCCAGAAUUUAGCAAAACGCAACAUUUAGCCUACUUGGAUCUCUUGGUAGAAUUUAAAAUGUACGAAGAAGUGAUAGAUGUGCUAAGAAUGAGCCAGACGGUUUUGGAUAAGAGUACAAGAAAAGAAUGUUUUUACAAAUUAUUAUCCAAUUCAUGUCAUGGUCCAAAUUUUUUUACUAUUUUGUUGAACUCCUGCAACACUCAAGAGGGUAGUAAGCCCUGUUUAAGUCACAGAGACUUUGUAAUCAUAGAUGAGAUCCUAAUUAAUAGCUUGAAGAGUAACAAAUGGGAGGAUUGCAAAAAAAUCUUCACAUUCCGCCUAACGAAUAACAGAGAUAGAGAGGCCGCAGAGAUAGUUUAUGAAUAUUUGCAAGACUUAGUCCCACAACAGUAUCAGGAAAAACAAAAGUGUUAUUUAUUUAUUCUGAAUGUGCUGAAAACAUUUGAUAAUGUGGAAGAUCAAUGGAUCAUCUACGAUGGUAAGGUUAAAAAGUUGAUUGAUUUGAAAACGGAAUUCUGCAAAUUAAGUAGUGCUAUAUAA